AUGUCCAGAAGAAAUCAAGGACCAGGUAACGUUACCUCCUCUAUUAUAUAUUUAGGACAAGUCCCUUAUGAUUGGGAUGAAAAUAAUGUAAAAUCUGUUGUUUGUGGAUCGGGAAAAGUAGUAGAUGUAAGAUUAGGAUUUGAUUAUGCUGGUAAGAAUAAAGGAUUUUGUUUCGUAGAAUAUUUAAAUAGUGGAGAAGCUCAAAGGGCUGCAGGAUUAUUAAAUCAAAUUAAGAUAUUUAAUCAACCUAAUAAGGGUCAAUUUAAAAAAUUAAGAGUUGAAUCCUCAAAGGAAGGAUUUUUAAAGUCUAAUUCACCUUCAGAAUCUAAACCAGUAUUAAAUCUUGAUAGAAGUAGUUUACCUACUUAUGUUCAAGUACCUCAAGAAAUGCUUGUUGCAGGAGGGGGGCCAAUACCUCAGAAUUUUCCCAUGGUUCCAAAUCAAGUACCUACUAGUAAUAUCUUCAGUCCUAGAUUAAAUCAGCCACCUCAACAACCACCUCAAUCACAAGUUCAAAUACCUCAAGGAUCAUUAGGUGGUCCUCAACCUCAAAUACCAGCUAAGAUAUUAUAUGCUUCAAAACAUUUACCACAACCUCAAAGUUUACCCUUUGAUAGUAGUUCCGAUAUAAAUCAAGUUUUAAGUAAAAUUCCUCCUGUACAAUUAAUAGAAUUAAUAGCAACAAUUAAGAAUUUCCUAAAUAAUGGUGAUGAGAAUAAAGUUUAUGAGAUUCUUAAUUUCAGACCAGAUGUACUGGCAGCAGUUGCACAAGCAUUAUUAAUGAUGGGAUUUAUUGAUAAUGAAGUAAUUAAUAGUUCUAAAGAUGCUCCUGCUAGACAAACUCCUCAACCCCCAAUUAUACAACCUCAACAACAAUUUCAAUUACCUCAACAACAAAAUUUUAAUCCUAUACAACAACCUAGCUAUAAUAAUAUUAAUCCAAACAAUAGACAAAUAGAUUAUACAAACUUACCACCAGAAACUCAAGUUAAAUUAACGACCAUGUCAGAUCGACAUUCAAUACCUAUAGCUCAAGUUUUAGCAUUACCUCAAGAUCAAAUUGAUAAAUUAGGUCCUCAAGAAAAGGAAUUAGUAAAUUACCUAAGAUCUCAAUAUAGAUCUUAA